GCUGCUAAAUUCUGGCUACUCAGGAUUCCAUUUUCUGAAGGUGAAAUGAUACUUCAUAGAACAGAUCUUCCAACAUUUCCUGGAGUGUUUAACGUUCUAUGGGCCAGUAGUAUUGCUGGUAUACUUAUGGUAUGCUGGUGGAGCUUUUGGACCUUUCAAUAUCGUGGAGUUGUAUGGAAGAAAGAAUUUAAAGAGGGUGUUGUAGUUUGGUCAUCAUCAGAUGGUUUAGUAUGUGUUGGUGCUAUUAGUUGUUAAUGGGUAUAUAAGGGUUAUAUGGUAUAAUUGGUAUUAUUUGGUAAUUACUAUUGGUAUUUUUAUUUGGUUCCCUUUAAAACAGAACAUUUGUUUUAAAAUUUUGGUCAUUUUGGUAUAUGGAUUCAUUCGGUCAUUUUGGUUUAUGGGAUUUAUUCAUUUCAAAAAAUUAUUCAUUUAUUAUUUUUACUAUUCACGUUUUUUUUAUUAUUCACCGAACAAUUGAACAAUUUGGAUGAAAAUGAUUUUUUCAAAUCUUUUUU